AUGACUUCUACAGUCAAACGUGUUGAAGAGAAAGAACAGCCCAAAUCGAUCGGAGCAAUCAUUUGGACGGAAUGUGAGAAGAUCAUGCUUCGAGUCUUCGAUACAAGACCACUUCCACCUAAUUUCCCUCGGAAUCUUCUCAUGGAACUCUAUGUGGCUCGCACGAUUCUUUUCGCCUCUUUUACGUUGGGGAUUCGUGCAGGAGGCUUAUCAUUCCUUCACUAUCCGUUCCGUGAAGUUUUCGGUCGUUUCAUUGUUUUCAUGUUCACUUACUUGUUUCUACCACUAGUUGGUGCUAAUAUUGCAGUUCUUUUCAAGAAGGAAAAACUGACAAUUUAUGAAUAUCGAGUGACAAUGAUUGUUUGGGCGUUCUUGUGUGGAAUGUUUUCAAUGAUUACUAACAUUCACUACUCACUUGCUGAUUAUGGACCGCCCAACUAUUUCAUGCCUGUCAUUGUUGGACUAACUGCUCAUGUCAUUGGAAACAGUUUCGACGACAAUAGAAAAGUUUUGGUAGGAAUAAGUGUUGGAAGUGCUGCCCUCGUGUCGUUGAGUAUGCUUCUGAUGACUGACGGAAUCUCAUUCGGAUCAUUCUUCUCAUUGUUCUUGUGUAGUGUCAAUGCUAUUGUGGCUCUUCAAUGUAUGCUCUACGAUCUGAUCGAAGAUGGACCAGGUGCCAAUUCUAACUCUUCUUUUACACACGUCGUGGGAGUCAUUAUCAUUAUGCUCAACUUCCUGAUCGUGGUUCGUCUUACUGGCACCUACAUUGAAGACCCAAACACUAACGAUGUGGCAAGAGCGAAUCCACUUUACGCAGCUCUUUCAGCAUGA